AUGGGCUAUAACUACUGGGCCGGUGAGUCCAGACAACUAGCUAGGCCUUUGGUAAUUGGCAUGGAAACCACCGGCAUUUGCUUGACGGACCAAGAUGUAAUAAAGCAAGAACCAGUCAACCUCUUCUCCCCUAGCAAUCCAACGCCAAUGGAAACCAUUUUCCUGUCAAACAUUGAUCAAGCGGUGGUUUUUCCGGUGGAGACAGUCUUCUUCUUCCAAGUCCCGCCGGCAGGGAAUGCUUCCUCGACCGCGGGGAUCUCGGAGGUGGUGACGAAAGCAGUGGCCGAGGAGCUUCUGGUUCCGUACUACUUCAUGGCUGGCAGGCUGGGGUUCGACCGUGGAGGCAAGAGGCUGGAACUUCUGUGCAACAAUGGCGGAGUCCCUUUUGUCAGUGCGGUUUCGGGGCUUUCGCUCAAGGAUCUUGGCGAUCUUUCUCUCCCGAAUUCGUCGUUCCAUUGGCUCGUUCAUCGGCCUGGCCUCUACAAAAGCCUCGCCCAAACUCCAAUCUUCACCAUUCAGGUAACAAGAUUCGAGUGUGGUGGCUUUGCUCUUGGAUUCAUGACAAACCACAGCAUCCUGGAUGGAAAAUCAGCCAGCGAGAUGUUCCACAAGCUUGCUUCCAUUUGCAGAGGGGAAGAAGAAGCCCUGAAACUGAAAACCCUAGCUCUCCACAACGACAGAACACCGCUCCGGGCCAGAAACCCACCACUCAUCAAAUUCCCCCAUGAAGAAUAUAUCCAACCACAGAACCCUUCUUCUCUCCCCACCUCCUUCACCUCCCAAAACCGGACAUCUCCAUCUCCACUCAUCUUCUCAAAGAUGUACGAUCACAGGCUCUUCCACUUCACUCCCUCCGAGCUCACCUCACUGAAACAAAAAGCCGCGGCCAAAUGCUCCACCUUCGAAGCCAUCGUAGCCCACAUCUGGAAAGCAAGAACAAAGGCUGUGUUUCCAAAUCCAGACGACUUUUCGACCGUUCUGUUUGCGGUGGAUAUAAGGUCGAAAACGUCGCCGCCGUUGCCGAGUGGGUUUGUCGGAAACGCUGUGACCACGGCCUUUGCCAGUGCCAAAGUGGGGGAUUUGGCGGAGAAGCCAUUGGCGUUCUGCGUGGAGAAGGUAAAGGAGGCGAGGGACAGGGUUACCGAUGAGUAUGUAAGGUCGGUGGUGGACUGGCUGGAGGUUUACAAGGGGAUUCCGGCGACUUGUAAUGGGAAUUUCUAUGUGUCGGCGUGGUGGAAGCUGGGUUUUGGAGAGCUUGAUUUUGGGUUUGGCAAGGCUGUCCAUGGUGGCCCGGUUGUGAGUGGGAACGAUGAGUUUGUCUUGCUGCUUGGCGAUGGGGGUGGGGAGAAUGGCGGUGGAGUUAAUGUGUGGUUGGGGCUUGAAAGAGAGAAGAUGAAGAAGUUCAUGGUCUAUGUUUAUGAGAUGUAA